AUGAAAUUAUUACUUGUAUUACUUUUUAUUUCUUUCAACUAUUCGUUUGGUCAAAAACAAUAUAUAAAUUUCAUUCCCUAUGGAAAUCAGUGGUGCAUUGAUAAUCCAUAUGGAGUUGGUGUAUCAGUUGUUCCAAAUAGAUGUUUAAAUGAUGUUGAAUAUUUUGUUGAUGGCUACAAAUAUAACUCUUAUUUUGCAUAUAUCGGUACCGAUACAAAUAAUGAACCAACAGUUUAUAUAACAUCCUAUGGACAAAGAAAUUGUUCAGAUUCAGAGGGACAAACAUUGACUUUUAGAAUUAACUCAUGUGAAUACGCACCACCAAUGACUCAACCAAAAAAUUCACAAUAUUCAUUUGUUACAGUCACAAAUAAACCAUCAUUCUCAGAUAACAGUGUUGUUAAUGCAGUUUAUUCAAAUGACCAAAAUUCAUCCUCAUCUGAUAAUAGUGGUUCACCAGUAUGCAAUAAUGACAAUUUCUUAUUUGCUACAUCUAUGACUGACGGAUUAAUAACCUAUUUACAAAGUGGUGUUGAAGAGAUCUUCAGUUGUAAAAAUGGACAACCAUUUUUAAAAUCUUGCUUUAAUAACAAUUGCAAUAACGGCACAAUUGCACUUUCAUGUUCACCAAACCUAAGCGAAUCCACAAGUCAGUCUUAUUUCUGUUCAAAAUAA